GACUGACUCAUUUUUUUAAGUUGAAUGAUUGUGUCUAUUACUUAUUUAUUUAUAAAAUUAUAAUAUUGAACCAUCUCAAUAAUAAUAUAAUAUUGAACCAACCAUCUUCAAGGGAAUUUUCCAAACACACCCAAAACGCAAUAGAUAGAUAGACAGAUUUAAAAUAAAGUAGUUAAACAAAUUACAAAAAAAAAAUAAAAUACACAAUAUAAAAUAUACACUACGAUAAUGGCACCGAUUGCAGGUUUGCAUCAACGGCUGCGUGCGCACAAAGCACAACAAAUGAAACCAAUCUUCAUAAGAAAGUGCGUAAUUCAGCUGGGAAAAAAAUCUGGUCCGGUGUCAUGGCAACGGCUUCAAACGUCACGGGGAGGUGCAGGGGCCUGCAUCUGUAUAAUAGAAAUAAAGCAAGCAUGUAGAGCGGUGAUUACAAUGAAACGGUGUCUAAAAAUGGGCUGGCGUUGGUCAGAUACAACGGGCUAGACAAACAAUUAAACACUCUUUUAAUUAAUUGAUUAUUCAAGUUUUACCGUGUCAAAAUAAAAUAUUUUCCAGGUUGCUACUGAAGUAAACGGCUGUGUCACAUGAUACUUAUUACUUUUCACAGCACUUGUGAGGAUGGACCAAUCACAGUUUGUUUGCUCGAAUUCACUUUGGCUGAUGUUUAUGUUUAUUAGGUAGACUCAGUAGUCGUAGACUGGUAUGUUAGUAAACUAUUCCUAAUUCAUCUGACAAUGAGUAUUUUUGAUUCAACUGGGAAUCAAUCAGGUGUACAUGUAGCCCCAACAGCUACUGAACUAGAGCAAACGGUGCCUGUUACUUUUCUCAGCGCUUAUCAGAAUGGACCAAUCGCAGAUGCUGAUGCACAUUCGAAGAGGCAUUUUUAAAUUACUUUUAUAGACAUUGAUAUUUCCGAAUUCCAUUUGCAUUUCCGAUAUUAAUCCGUUAAAUUAUAAUACUUAAAACUGUUAAAAACUUUAGACAAAAAUGUUUCCAGUAAAACACAAACUGUCUUAAAAUCUGAAUGCGUCUCAACGGUGAAAUUGCUUUCUGGGCCUCCAAGCGCCCCCUAGAGGAAUGACAACGUUUCGUCUCGCAUUAACAGUAAGCGAGCAGCAUUGUCGGCUCAAUCUGUAACAGGGGAGGGAAAGGGGUGCAUUAUUUACUCCCAAGCACAGUGUAUGGCAUUAAAUGACCACAUAGGGACCAUCUGUGACAUCGUAGCGCAUACUCAUUUUACUGUGAUACGGACACGGGAGACACUGACAAGGGAUGAAUUCUCUUCCACCCUGUGGAUGCGCCCUAACCGUGUCCAAUGGAUCUCCCCGGCAUCAGCAACACGACCGUGGACAACAUGUCAGGUUUGGGCUUCAUUUUAGAGAUUGUGACCAUCAAACCAGUUGUAAACAGCCUGAGCACUCAGGCCAGCAACUAUACAGCCGGGGGCGAGAUGAACACCCCAGUGUGGAGUUCGGAGGGGAACUCGGUUCUCCAGGGCAUCGCGGUAGCCGCGCAGGCGCUGCUCCUGCUGGCCAUCUUCUUACUGUCCAGUCUGGGUAACUCAGCGGUUGUGGUGGUUAUAAUCAAACACAGGCAGUUGAGAACGGUCACUAACGCUUUCAUAAUGUCCCUCUCCCUCUCUGAUUUUCUCACGGCCGUUCUUUGUUUGCCCUUCUCCUUCAUGAUGCUCUUCAGCAAGGAUGGCAAGUGGAUGUUUGGGGAGCCCUUCUGCAUCGCCAACGGCUUUUUUAACACCUGCUUCGGUAUUAUCUCCACCUUGACCAUGACUCUUAUCUCAUUCGACCGGUAUUAUGCUAUCGUCAGGCAGCCGCAAGCCAAAAUUGGCCGGAGGAGAGCGAUCCAGCUCCUGGUGGCCGUUUGGUUCUCCGCGGUGGUCUUCUCGUUUCCUUGGUACCUGCUUAUGGAGACCUCCGGGCGCUUGGUGGUGCACAAACAGGGCUUUUACCAUUGCAUGUAUGUGUUCCACUCGGGCACCUCCAGGAUGGGCACUGCCUACAGUAUUGCUUUAAUAGUAGUGUGUUACCUGCUUCCCUUCGCCCUCAUGUGCUUCUGCCACUAUAACAUCUGCAAAACCGUCCGGUUGUCGGAGAUCAGGGUGCGGCCGGUGACCACUUACGCGCACCUGUUGCGCUUCUACAGCGAGAUGCGCACCGCCACCACCGUGCUCAUCAUGAUCGUGUUCAGCAUCUUCUGCUGGGGGCCCUACUGCCUGAUGGGUAUCAUCACCGCGCUCGGGAGGUACUCUUUCAAUCCCGCUAUGGAUACUGUGGCUAUCUGGAUGGCGUGGUCUAACGGUGCCAUAAACCCGUUGAUUUAUGCCAUAAGGAACCCGAAUAUAUCCAUGCUGUUGGGCCGGAGCAGAGAGGAGGGAUACAGGACUAGAAACAUCGCUGCGUACCUGUCCACGCAGACGCAGCGCAGGGACGCGGUCCGGACACGGGCCGACCGGAUUCGGGACCGGUACGUGAGCCGGCACGGCGCAAACAGCCGCUUGUCUUCCUCCAGCCCGGCCAACGGGGGAGAUGUGGCCAUGUGGGCCUGUAAAAACCCGGCUGUGUUCUUCUGCAGAGAUGCGCAUCCGGAUACAAUCACUGAACCGGCGGUGCCCAAAGUUGAGACUGCUGACACCAGUUUGUAAUGCGGCCACACUUUAUGAUGACUUAAAUGAAAACGACGGGAGGUGCUACAGGUGGGCCCAAACAUUUACUUGGGUCACACUUUAAAAUCUAAAAUUACAUUUAUUACACUGGAUAACAAAAUCAAGUCAAGUGGACUUUAUUUUAAGAAAACAUAUAGCACAAACAAAGAGAAGUUUGCUAGGUUUCAGAUGGAGAAAAAAAAAAAAAACACGUUUGGAUUUGGACGUUAGUGGAGCAUUUGUUUUCAGAUUCCACUUGGUUUGAUUUUCUUUUCUAAUGCAAUGACAUUAGAAUCAGAAUCUUUAUUUGUCAUUAUACAAAAAAGUACAACGAAAUUAUAUGAAAAGUAGCGCUCUGAGCGCAGCGUCUAUGCGCGCCGCCAUCUUGCCAUUAUUACACUUUUAAGCUGUAAGAUAUGAAUUUGGAAGGAUUCAACAAUUACAUUUUUGCAAUACAUUUACUUUAAAAAACAAAAUAAUGGCCAACUUUAUUUUCACAUGUAUUUGGUAUGAUUUUAUAUCACAUUCACAUUGUUUGCAGGCCAUUUCUUGAUAUUUUGCUCAGACAGUAAAUAUAUAAUAGAAACCCUAUCAGAUUUUCUCCUUAAAUUAUAUUUAUGCUGGUAAUAGCCAAGUCUUUCUUUGGUGUGGGCCAUCCUAAAAGAGCUAGAAAAUUAGCCUACAUGAAAAAUGUAUUUCUAAGUAUUUAGUUCAAGAAUUAAGAUUUUGACAGAAGGAGCUGACAAUCACAAACCAUUAAAGGUGCAAUGUGUAAAUUUUAGGAGUAUCUGUUGACAGAAAUGCAAUAUAAUAUACAUAACGAUGUUUUCAGUGGUGUAUAAAAACUUUACAUAAUGAACCAUUAUGUUUUUAUUACCUUAAAAUGAGCCAUUUCUAUCUACAUACACUGCGGGUCCCCUUACAUGUUAAGUCGCCAUUUUGCGCCAGCAUGUUUCUACAGCAGCCCCAAACGGACAAACUGCUCUACAGUGCGCAUUUGCUUGACUGUCUACUCUCUGCUGUCUCAGACGACGACAUCUUUGUCCUGUGUUGGCCACCGUAGUUUCUCUAUAUAUCAAUUCGCAACCUUACCGCUAGAUGCCGCUAAAAUUUACACACUGCACCUUUUAGUUGUUGUAAAAAUUACAUUUGUGAUAUUUUCUGUAGGGUUUAUAUAAUUUGUGAUCGGCUAUGCAUUGGCUAAGAUUGGCUAAGAUUAUGUUUAAUUUGCAGAUUACUUUAUUGAUAACUUUUAUUUAAUUAGGGAUAAAGUCACAAUGCAAAAAUUGUGCGUUCUUACAUAUUUUAUUACAACAACAUUUCAUUUUGCUGCAAGGAAAAUGUCACCUGUAGUAGCCUUUCGAUUUCAGAAAAUCAUGUGCAUUCAAAUAAAUGGAGUAUAGGCUGCUGUGAAUCCAAGUUUCAUGGCAGUUCCAACUAUUUGAAUGUACAUUAACUAACAUUAUUACAUGAUAUAAUGUUUAAAAGAGCAUUAUUUUGCCUGUUUUUUUUUUUUUUUUCAAAGCUGAAGUAUGUCAUUUUUGUCACUAGCACCACCUAGUGAAAAUGUCAAAGUGAAGCUUAGCGAAGAAACAGAUAACCCCACCCCCAACUCUCGCCAUUGGUCGAGUCCGUGUAUUGACCGGGUCGCCCAAAACAAUUUUCAUAAUGACACAGUGUUAAAAAGUUACAUUCUUCAGCUUUAAAUAUAAAUAGGCCGAUAAAAAUGUCUGAGUUUCCAUGACAUUUAAAAUUGAAUGAAUGUACAUGAAUUUAAGAUCUGUUAUGCAUUAUAUACUCUAAUAAUGUUUAUGAUUUACUUAUAGGCUAAGUCAUUAUAAAGCGUUGCUUUGUUUUAACACUUUUGCUACCACCAACCUGUAUUUGAAACCAAACUCUCCAAGCAUACCUAAUUGAAUUAGUGUAAUGAAUCAGCAGAUAAAGAGUGUAGACUAGUGUAUAGUGUCUGAAGUGUCAAGAUGAAAGUCACUCUUGAGCCUAAUGCAAAUGCUUUACAACACUGUGAAAGAACCGAAGGGUUUACAGAAAUCUCUCACAUAGCCUAAAACCACAUCUUCAUUAUCUGCUGACCUGGAAUAUUAAAGGGGCUAUAUGUAGAAUAGUGAAACCAUUAUUAUUAGCGACACCGGUGGCCGUUAAGUGAACUGCAGCCAGCACCUUACUGCUCGUGCUUGCUCUCGUGCACACGUAAUGUACGAUAGACUGAACAUGAUUCAAGGCAUUCUUCUUUGUUCUUUGCUAAGAAGUAAAAAGAAGUUGGAAAUACCUUUGCAGCGAUAACAUCCCGACGCCGUCCACGAUGCUGAGAGUGACGUUUAGAUGAAUAUGUAAAUGAGUGCUGCGCACUUUCCUCUCAAUAAAGUAAACACUCAACAAAAAUGACAGAGGUGAAAAAGCAGCCGUUAAGAAAACAUCUGAUCAUAGUGACAUGGAUAUGUUUGCAGAAGCUCUGCAAUUCACUGGCAUCAUGAUAAGGUAAUUAAAUUACACUGUUAUGAUACUUCGAUUAUAAAGUAUAUUCAAUAUAGACUAUACAGAUCUGGCUAUGUGAGACUAUAGCAAAGUCCAUUUAAGACAAGUCAUUUCACUCGGCGGCCAUCUUUGAAACGCCUCUCGGGCAUCUAAGUGCAGCUCCUAUCUCUUUGAAUGGAGGAACAUCAAAUUCUCUAAAGCUGUUUGCAAAGCUUUCGAUUAAAUUUCAUAUUUGAAAUCACCAAUGAAAUCUGACAACAACUGUCUCAUAAAUUUUGUUUCUAAACGCUCGAAUCAUGACAAAAAAACGGUAUUUUUCAGGCUGGAUCAACGUAAUGCUCAUGCGCAGUCCUAAAUGCGCGUCUCGUGCCUCAUUUCGGAGGCGCGCGUCUGACUGUUUCUAUAGAAACCGGAGCUUCUAACAGCCGCUGCAGUGACGCGAUGACUUUACCAAUCGGCGAUUGGCUCUUAUUUAGAAGGCGGAACUUAUUCCGCCAUAUUGCGCGUUGCACUUUCUCCCGUUCAUAAUGUGACGCGUCUUGUGUUAUUCUAUAGUCUUUGACUAUAGUCUGAAUUAAUCCCCUUUCUUUGCAUGACACAUUGACAUUACAGUACAGCUCUUUAUCCUGAACAUUACAUUUGUUUCAUGUGUUAUAAACGUCACGUCCCGAGUCCUUCACAUAAAAUUCAGUCUUCAGGCUUUUUUUUUUUUAGACAAUGUAGGAAGUUUCGUAGACAAUUUCGGGUCUCGUUUUUUAAGUUUCGUUACAAGCUGUUCACACAUUCUCAUAUAGCCCCUUUAACAGUCAAACUUAAGAGAUGAGAUGAUUUUGUAACUAAUUAAACGAUCAGUCAUAUUGACAUGGACGUUUAAGAAAUAGGGCUAUAACCUUUUCAUUUCAUCAUUGUGAAAUAUAUUUCUUUGCUUGUAGCCUAUGUUCACACCCUUUACACAUACAUUUUCAAAACAUGCUGUGGCAUCCAGAACCAUGACUACCUUCUAUAAUGCAGUAAAAGGACUCCAAAUCACACUGCAUUUAUAAACAAGUCAAAUAAAAUAGGGAUGGGAUAUAAUUUCCUUUUAUUAAUCUGUACCAAAAAAGCAUAUAUUAUAUUACUGUCAAAUAAUAUUUUUAAAAGAAAUCAGAUUAAAUCUUUUCUCUGAUGUAUGGCGUUUUGGAAGAUCAACUUAAAACCUGUAUAUAACCAAUAAACUGCCUUAAUUGUUGGAUGUAGCAUGGUUUACAGAUUACAGAGUGCAUUAAUAUCAGUUUUGAAAUAUUUGGAACAGUUCCAUUAUCUUGCAGCAUGAGUUUAUCAAAUUAUGAAUUUUAUAAAUGUGUAUCACUUUAGCAUCAGACUGCCAUUCAUUAGUUUGAUGUGUUAAACCAGCAUUUAUGUUUCUAUAUAUCAGUGCUUCUAAGUCUUUAAUAUUUUAUGAAAAUAUGACUUUUUCCUCAACCAUUCAUCAGUAUUUAUUUCAAUGUAAGACCAGUCUUAGAGCUCUAGAGAGGUGUAUUAUGUUGAUAAUCCAGUCUUACAAAAGCACAUGGUGUUUUAUAUGCGAAACAUUCCUUCAAAUGGAUGUAUUUUUUAAGAUGGUAUUAGCAAGCAUAGAAUGAUCAUAUUAAUUUUUUUUUUUUUUUUUUUUUUUUUUUUACCAUUUAAACAAGCUUACCUUGUUUUCAAUAACAGAGAUGCAUUAUCAUUUUCAAAUACUCAAAUUAUUAUUAUUUUUUAAAUAUAUCAGACAGAUCAUCUAUUAAAAAUUGCCAUAUGUCUUUGAAAACAGUUUGCCUGAAAUAAAGUUUGAAUUUGUUUUAUCCAUUUUUGCUUCUUUUAAGUAAUGACUAUGUUUGAUUACUCUUCAUAGAUCACUUUUUGACACUAUAAUUCAUUUUUAACUACAGUAAUGUUGUGUAAUCAUGGCUAUGAAGCACUUAAAUUUUGUUGCAGUUCAAGAAUGAAUUGAGGUUGUGAAACACAAAUCAGCAGUCAUACACCAAAGGAAUGACCCUCAGGGUUUUGUUUAUUGAUUACUUAUCUUACAUCCAAAUGAAUUCUUAAAUAAAGAAAAUGAAACAAUCCCGCCAACAAAGGAAACUAUUACAAAGUAAUACAAUAUUACAAAGAACUAUUAGUGAAAAAGGUUUAAUGGCAUCUGAUCAACAGGAAAAAUUAUUAGCACAAAAUUGUGUCAAGGACUAAGAAAAAGCCUUGGUCAGAAGAGUUAACAAUGGGUAUAUGUACAUAUAUACAACCUUAAACACAAACAAAAGAAAUUACAAGAAUAUACAUGCAUGGCAGACAGUUUGGUUUGCUUAAGAUGUAUGUUUCGCAUCCACAGCUCUUUUUAAUGAAUCUUCUUUUUGGUAACCGCAAAAAAAGGACAUUGUGUCUCUACAAUAUACUUUCAAUCAAAAUUUUAUCUCAGCAUAUUGUUUU